AUGGCGUCCUCGUCCGGGAGGCGGACGGGCCCCGGCGGCGGCGGGGGCGGGAGCGGGGACGCCUCGGCCUCCCCGGCCCCCGGCGGCGGCGGCAGGAGGAUCCUGCGCACCCAGACCGCGGGGAACCUCGGCGAGUCCAUCUUCGACAGCGAGGUCGUCCCCUCCUCGCUCGUCGAGAUCGCGCCCAUCCUCCGCGUCGCCAACGAGGUCGAGGGGAGCAACCCGCGCGUCGCCUACCUAUGUCGCUUCUACGCCUUCGAGAAGGCCCAUCGCCUCGAUCCCACCUCCAGCGGACGCGGAGUUCGCCAGUUCAAGACCGCGCUCCUGCAGAGGCUCGAAAGGGAGAACGACCCCACGUUGAAGGGGCGGGUGAAACAGAGCGAUGCGCGCGAAAUGCAGAGCUUCUACCAGCACUACUACAAGAAGUACAUCCAGGCGCUUCAGAACGCCGCUGAUAAAGCUGACCGCGCUCAGCUCACAAAGGCGUACCAGACUGCAGCCGUCUUGUUUGAGGUCCUCAAGGCCGUCAAUGUUUCGCAGAAGAUAGAACUUGAUCAAUCGAUUGAGGAAACUAAUAAAUUAGUUGAGGAGAAGAAAAAGCUCUAUCUCCCUUUCAAUAUCCUCCCGCUCGAUCCUGACAGCGCGCAUCAGGCUGUUAUGCAAUAUCCCGAGAUACAAGUCGCUUUUCACGCUCUUCGUAAUACAAGGGGUCUGCCAUGGCCCAAGGACCAUGAAAAGAAGGCUAAUGCAGAUCUUCUUGAUUGGCUUCAAGCUAUGUUUGGCUUCCAGAAAGAUAAUGUAUCCAAUCAAAGAGAGCAUCUCAUACUCUUGCUUGCCAACGUGCAUAUAAGGCAGCUUUCCAAACCUGAGCAACAACCAAAGUUAGAUGAUCAUGCGCUGGAUAUAGUUAUGAAGAAGCUCUUUAAAAACUACAAGAGAUGGUGCAAGUACCUUGGCCGCAAAAGCAGCUUAUGGCUGCCGACUAUUCAACAAGAAGUACAACAACGUAAGCUUCUCUACAUGGGACUUUAUCUGCUCAUCUGGGGCGAGGCGGCUAAUUUGAGAUUUAUGCCAGAGUGUCUUUGCUACAUCUAUCACCAUAUGGCUUUUGAAUUAUAUGGUAUGUUGGCUGGAAAUGUGAGCCCAACAACUGGUGAAAAUGUUAAACCAGCCUAUGGUGGUACAGAAGAAGCCUUCCUUAAGUUAGUUGUCACUCCAAUUUACAAAAUUAUAGAGAUGGAAGCUGAACGGAGCAAGACAAUAAAAUCAAAACACUCACAUUGGAGAAAUUAUGAUGAUCUCAACGAGUACUUUUGGUCAAGAGAUUGUUUCCGACUAGGAUGGCCUAUGAGAGCUGAUGCUGAUUUUUUCAAGACUCCGAACUUUGCUCUUGCUCCUCGUGAUCAAAUGAGUGGAGAGAACAUACCAGCUGGUAGUGACCAAUGGAUGGGAAAAGUCAACUUUGUUGAGAUACGGUCAUUUUGGCACAUUUUUCGUAGCUUUGACAGGAUGUGGAGCUUCUUAAUUUUAUCUUUACAGGCCAUGGUCAUAAUUGCUUGGAAUGGUGGCACACCAAGUGAUGUCUUUGAUGCAGGAGUGUUCAAACAGGUUUUGAGCAUAUUUAUAACAGCUGCAGUAAUAAAAUUUGGUCAAGCAAUUCUGGACAUUGUGUUGAGCUGGAAAGCAAGAAAGAGCAUGUCUUUCGCUGUUAAACUUCGGUAUAUCUUAAAAUUACUAUCAGGAGCUGCUUGGGUUGUAGUUUUACCAGUAACUUACGCAUACGCCUUGGAGAAUCCUGGUGGUGUUGCUAGAACAAUCAAAAGUUGGUUCGGUAAUGGGCAGAAGCAGUCAUCCUUAUUCGGCUUGGCUGUUGUGAUAUAUUUAGCACCAAACAUGCUGGCAGCCACAUUAUUUCUUUUUCCCGUCCUGAGGAGAGCUCUUGAGAGAUCGAAUCUUAAAGUCAUAACUUUCAUUAUGUGGUGGUCGCAGCCUCGCUUAUUUGUCGGCAGAGGAAUGCAUGAAGGCGCAUUCUCCCUUUUCAAGUAUUCAAUGUUCUGGGUCCUUCUCUUGGCCACAAAAUUGGUAGUGAGCUUCUACGUGGAGAUCAAGCCACUUGUGCAACCAACAAAAGAUAUAAUGAAGACACCAAUAACAACGUUUCAGUGGCAUGAGUUUUUUCCACAUGCAAAGAACAAUAUUGGUGUUGUCAUUGCACUUUGGGCUCCUAUCAUUCUUGUCUAUUUCAUGGAUACCCAAAUAUGGUAUGCAAUUUUCUCAACGUUAGUUGGUGGUAUCUAUGGGGCAUGUCGUCGUCUUGGUGAGAUACGGACCCUAGGAAUGCUAAGAUCUCGCUUCGAAUCUUUGCCCGAGGCUUUCAAUGAACACUUGAUUCCAAAUGAGUCAAAGAGGAGAGGAUUCCGCUCCACUUUCUCCAGUAAACCUUCUCAGAAACCCGAGGAUGGCAAAAAAGAAGAGAAAAUAGCUGCAAGAUUUGCUCAGAUUUGGAAUCUAAUUAUCACAAGCUUCCGCGAGGAAGACUUGAUAGAUAAUAGGGAGAAGGACUUGUUACUUGUUCCAUACUGCAAAGAUCGUGAAAUGGAUAUAAUCCAAUGGCCACCUUUCCUGCUCGCUAGCAAGAUUCCAAUAGCAUUGGAUAUGGCUGCAGACAGUGGAGGAAAAGAUCGUGAUCUAAUGAAAAGGAUGAAGUCGGAUCCAUAUUUUACUUAUGCUAUCAAGGAAUGCUAUGCUUCAUUCAAAAACAUCAUAUAUGCUUUAGUGGUUGGUCUAAGGGAAAGAGAUUUCAUAGAAAAGAUUUUUAAAGCGGUGGAUGAUCAUAUAGCAGAGGAAACUCUGAUAAAGGAGCUGAACAUGAGUAACCUACCUACCCUGAGCAAGAAGUUUAUCGAGCUGCUUGACAUACUGAAAAAGAAUAACAAAGAAGACCGGGGUCAGGUCAUCAUUUUGUUCCAGGAUAUGCUCGAGGUGGUUACAAGGGAUAUAAUGGAUGAACAACUCAGUGGGCUACUGGAAACGGUACACGGUGGAAGUAACAGGAAACAUGAAGGAAUUACACCACUUGAUCAACAGGAACAGGAACAAUUGUUCACUAAAGCUAUUGAAUUUCCUGUAAAGGAAUCACAUUCAUGGCAUGAAAAGAUAAAAAGGCUGUACCUUCUGCUCACAGUGAAGGAAUCUGCUAUGGAUGUUCCUACAAACCUGGAUGCUAGAAGGAGGAUAUCUUUCUUUGCUAAUUCCCUUUUUAUGGAGAUGCCACCUGCUCCAAAAGUGAGGCACAUGCUGCCCUUCUCUGUCUUGACUCCUUACUACAAAGAAGACGUUCUUUUCUCUUCACAAGCACUAGAAGACCAGAACGAGGAUGGGGUUUCUAUUCUUUUCUACCUGCAAAAAAUCUACCCUGAUGAAUGGAAAAAUUUCCUUGAAAGGGUGCAGUGCAAGGGUGAAGAUGAACUCCGUGAGACUGAACAAUUGGAAGAUGAGCUUCGCCUUUGGGCAUCGUAUAGGGGCCAAACUUUGACGAGAACUGUAAGAGGCAUGAUGUACUACAGACAAGCUUUGGUGCUUCAGUCUUUCCUUGAUAUGGCCAGAGAUGAUGAUCUUAUGGAAGGCUUCAGAGCUGCAGACAUAUUAUCUGAUGAAUCACCAUUAUUGACUCAAUGCAAAGCUAUAGCUGACAUGAAGUUUACAUAUGUUGUAUCAUGCCAGCAAUAUGGUAUCCAGAAACGGUCUGGCGAUCAUCGUGCCCAGGAUAUUCUGAGACUCAUGACAACUUAUCCAUCACUUCGGGUUGCCUAUAUUGAUGAAGUUGAAGAGCCAAGCAAAGAUAGGAGCAAAAAGAUAGAAAAGGUUUACUACUCAGCGUUGGUGAAGGCAGCUGUAACUAAGCCUGAUGAUCCUGGUCAGAAACUCGAUCAGGACAUAUACAGGAUAAAACUUCCAGGUAAUGCUAUAUUGGGUGAAGGAAAACCAGAAAAUCAGAACCAUGCGAUAAUUUUUACUCGGGGGGAAGGCCUACAAACUAUAGACAUGAAUCAGGAGCAUUAUAUGGAAGAGACUCUGAAAAUGAGAAAUCUGCUGCAAGAGUUUACAAAGAAACACGAUGGUGUGAGGCAUCCAUCAAUACUUGGUGUAAGAGAACACAUAUUCACUGGCAGUGUUUCUUCUCUUGCUUGGUUCAUGUCAAACCAAGAAACGAGUUUUGUGACAAUCGGACAACGUGUACUUGCCAAUCCUUUGAGGGUUCGAUUUCAUUAUGGUCACCCUGAUAUCUUUGACCGACUUUUCCACCUCACAAGGGGUGGUGUAAGCAAAGCAUCUAAAAUUAUCAAUCUUAGUGAGGACAUAUUUGCUGGAUUCAAUUCAACUUUGCGUGAAGGAAAUGUUACACAUCAUGAGUACAUGCAAGUUGGCAAGGGAAGAGACGUUGGUCUCAAUCAAAUUUCACUAUUUGAGGCGAAAAUAGCAUAUGGUAAUGGGGAACAAACAGUGAGCCGUGACAUCUACCGACUUGGACAUCGUUUUGAUUUCUUCAGAAUGCUGUCAUGCUACUAUACUACCAUUGGCUUUUACUUCAGCACAAUGAUUACGGUAUGGACCGUGUAUGUAUUCCUCUAUGGACGCCUGUAUCUCGUCCUCAGUGGCCUUGAUGAAGCACUAUCCACUGGAAGAAAGUUUAAACACAACGAUCCUCUCCAGGUCGCUCUUGCUUCACAGUCCUUUGUGCAGCUUGGGUUCCUGAUGGCACUCCCUAUGAUGAUGGAAAUUGGCCUGGAGAGAGGAUUCAGAACUGCAUUGAGCGACUUUGUGCUUAUGCAGCUUCAGUUAGCAUCUGUCUUCUUCACAUUCUCUCUUGGGACCAAAACCCACUACUACGGGAAGACGCUACUCCACGGAGGAGCAGAGUACAGAGCUACUGGCCGCGGAUUCGUGGUGUUCCAUGCGAAGUUUGCUGAGAACUAUCGGCUGUACUCACGGAGCCACUUUGUCAAGGGCAUUGAAUUGAUGAUUUUGCUUAUCGUGUUUGAAAUCUUUGGGCAGUCGUAUCGAGGAGCGAUUGCGUACAUCUUCAUCACGUUCUCCAUGUGGUUUAUGGUUGUCACCUGGCUCUUUGCACCGUUUCUGUUUAACCCUUCCGGGUUUGAGUGGCAGAAGAUUGUUGAUGACUGGACUGACUGGAACAAGUGGAUCAGCAACCGUGGGGGUAUCGGUGUGUCACCUGAGAAGAGCUGGGAGUCGUGGUGGGAGAAGGAGCAUGAGCCUCUUAAAUAUUCUGGAAAGCGUGGCACUAUUCUAGAGAUAGUGCUCGCAUCACGCUUCUUUAUCUACCAGUAUGGGCUUGUUUAUCAUCUGAAUAUCACCACACACACCAAGAGCGUGCUGGUUUAUUGCUUGUCGUGGGUUGUUAUCUUUGUAAUUUUGCUGGUGAUGAAGGGUGUGUCGGUUGGGAGGCGGAAAUUCAGCGCGGAGUUCCAGCUCGUGUUCCGGCUGAUCAAGGGGCUGAUAUUCAUUGCAUUCAUCUCCAUUGUGAUAAUCCUGAUCGCUAUCGCCCACAUGACGGUCCAGGACAUAUUCGUGUGCAUCCUUGCCUUCAUGCCGACAGGGUGGGGCCUGCUCCUGGUUGCGCAGGCCAGCAAGUCGGCGAUCCUGAAGGUUGGGCUGUGGGGCUCGAUUCGAGCGCUGGCGCGUGGCUAUGAGAUCAUCAUGGGGCUCCUGCUCUUCACCCCGAUCGCGUUCCUGGCGUGGUUCCCAUUUGUGUCGGAGUUCCAGACCCGGAUGCUGUUCAACCAGGCGUUUAGCAGGGGCCUGCAGAUCUCCAGGAUCCUUGGCGGGCACAAGAAGGACCGGGCGGCUCGGAACAAGGAGUAGUUGGCUUGGAACAGGGAUUAGUCGGUGGUAGCAGUAGGAAUGUCAACUGUAGCGGUUGUGAUAGUGUGUAGCAACCCCGGUUGUAGUGAGUAUGAGCAUUAUGUGUAUUGUCGAUGACUGCUGACGCCGGUUCCAAGUGGAGAAUCAUGAUUUGUAUUAAUUGGAGAUAGCAGAGAAAGGCAGUAGCCCAUUCUGAUUGAUUAAUCGCAGCAGCUCCAUCAGCUGACUGACCUUUCUUCAUCAGCAAAGUUUGUUCUGUCUUGUGUUU